CGGACCACACAAAACGACAGCGUCAGGACUAGAAUGUGCAUAGUAGCAGAAGAACUCUCAAGGAAGGGACAGCGACUCGCAUUCGAAUGGCAGACGACCUUUCCGUUAACCGAGAAAACGGACCUCGACGGAUUCCUGCUGGAUCGAGGACAAGAAAAGGGAAGGAAGGCGUGAUAUGGUUCUUCUUGCGGACUGAGAACAAGAGCGCAGGGAUCACAUUGUGACGGUUCUGCAGAGCAGAGAGGAGAGACGGCUAACGUGACUGACUGACGACAGCAGCAAAGGGAUGUGGUAGGAGCGGCCGCAGGAGAAAGGCCAAGUUCGUCCAGCAUGAUGAGCGGCACAUGGAUUGCAGGCCAUCACGACGACACGAUCGUUGCCGCCAGCGCAGCUUCAAACGAUCAUGCGUUCUGCUUCUCCAUGCCGGAAGAGCGACCACGUCUCCCACCGCCGGUGCUGGCCCUCCCUCUCCCAUUGUCAUGGUGGUGGGUGUCAUCUACUCCUCGGAGCUGCUGGGCGGAUGCUCUGGAUAGGUUGUGUGCUGGUGCUGUUGACACUCGAUCGGCUCGUAGGGGACGUCGCUGCCCGCUCCUUCUACUUCUCGUCCGCUCGGGGAAAGGAUAAUCGAGACAUACGGGCUGCGCAAUCCCCUUUCACUCCCUGGAGGAGCUUAGCCAAGGCUUCUGCCGUCAACCUUGGGCCCGGGGACAAGAUCGUUCUGUGCCGAGGGGACGCUUGGUACCACGAGACGCUGAAAGUGACCGGAAAGGGUACCCCCCAAAGCCCGGCGAUGGUCACGUCCUACCCCUGUAGAAAGGACACGCCUCCGGACGCCCUGCCCUUUCUUAGCGGGGGAAUACGACUGUAUGGGGAUAACCUGCGUUUCCAUCGGUGGGGAAGGAACCCAGAGGUGUCGGUGAUCGACCUCUCCACGGCCUUAGCCGAGGGCGAAGAAGUGGCCUACUUCGGGGUGUAUGUGAACAACGAGAUACUGUACCCGGCUAGAACGCCCAACGUGUACAAUAUCAGCGACACUUGGGGGUAUGGGGAAGAGGUCCUGUGUGAGAAUGGGAUCCCCAGGAGAAACAGGAGCACAGGGACCUGGGAUGUGCAAGGAGGGGCGGCCUUCUCGGAAAUGAACUAUCCUCCGGACCAUCUGACAGGUGCACGGGCAGUGGAGAGGAGACGUCUGGACCACUGGGCACACAACGUGGUGGUGGGACACUGGGGGGAGGUGGUGUCUUACGAUCCCGAGGCGGAUGUGUCCGGAGGGUGUGUGUACUUCGAAGGAAAGCUGGAGUUUUUGGAUGCCCCGAGGGAGUUCUUCUUUGAUGCUGCCAACAGGUUGUUGUACGUAUGGCCAAGACCUGGGCAACUGCUAGUCAACGUAGAUCUGAUAACCAACAAGGUAAGAUGGACGGUGCAGAUUGGCUUCGGUUCUGCCAACCUUGUGAUCGAGACGCUGCACGUGGAGUUCUCGGAGAUGGCCAUUGCCUCCAUGAGCGAGGAAGACGGCGAUCCUGACCUGGCUGUAGUCAACAUCACCAUCCGGGACUGCGUUUUGCGCCGCUGUUUCCAUGGCAUCCGCCAUACGCACCCCCGCGGUGUGAACACAUUUGAGCGUAAUCGUUUGAAAUGGAUCCUGGGUGAUGCCAUCGCUGGCUUCUCUCCGCGAAACCUUGAGGAAAGGAUGGCCUCCAUCAUCGCCAUAGGGAACAGGGUACAUUACGUAGGCUACAUCUCGGGUUGGGCCAAAGGCAUAGGUUUGUACGUGUCCCAGGCUUACAAUAACGUCGUAGGAGAGACCGGCUAUGUGGGGAUCUACUGUAUCUACUUCUCCGCCUGCGUCAUUCGCGACAACAUUGUCCACGACUAUAUGAAGGCUCUGGCGGAAGGUGGGGGCAUCCUUCUCGUCAUGGGGGCUCAGUGGGGGGGGUGGAAGAUCGUCCAGAACAAUGUGGUCUUGGACGGCUGGGGAAACUGGGGCACCCAAAGUGGGUUCCCUGCCGAGUCCCGUUAUGGUGGGGGCGGUGCCCCCGGGAUCUACGUUGACGGCCAGGAAACCAUCCGAUACCUGGUAUCCAACAACACUGUUAUCAAUCCUGGCGGUGCUGGCCUCUUCAACAAGGAGGCCUACAAUGGCUCAUGGCUAGACAACCUCUGCUACAGUGAAAGGGCCUCCUUUCCCUGUAUGGACUUUGUCACUUGGUUUCCUCAACCCUAUACGGAGGUCAUCAGGAACAAGUUUUUGGCCACUGGUAUGGUCCUUCGUUUUGCAGUUUACGGUCUGCACAGGUCCCGAGGAGAGACCAUCAAUGAGACCCACUUUCAAACUACCCGUUGGAACUCGAACUUGUACUGCAUGCGGCUGUCGGGGGCAUCCUUUGACCAGGGAAACCAAACCUCCACUGCCACCUUCUCGCUCUUUCCUAUUGAGCCGCCCUCAGCCCUGCAGAAUGUACGCCCCUCGGACCGCGAGGGUGUAUUCCAUUUGGAAGCCCAUCAGGGGAUCACUGGUGAUGUCACACCUUUUUGUGAUGCCAAGGAGAGGGAGGACUUGAUGUUGGCUUUGACACGACAGCGGGACUUUGUGAGCGAAAUGAAGCGCAUGUCGGACGUUUCUGAUAGAGAGAGAGAUGCUCUGCUGCAGAGAGUUGUCCCUGGAGGGUUCAAACCAGAGUACGAUGCAGAGGGUGAUCUGGUGGGCGUGACUCACACAGUCGUGGUGAAGGAGAAGGAGACAGACAAGACCGGGCCGGUUGCAGCAGUUUUGAUCGCCAUCGCUUUCACACUGUUCUUCUUAGUGAUGGCUGUUUCUAGGUGCACGAAGACGCUGCGUGUACAACAAGAGAGGAAUAAGCACGUACAGUUGCAAGAGAAGAGGAGGCAAACGCUCCUGGCUGCAAGUUCUGAGCCGCAGGCAAAGCCCUGGAGAGAAAGGGGGAUAGGGAGAACAGAGGGAAAUGACAGGAUCCAAAGAGAAGAUGCAGCAGUGGGAGCAAUUGUUUCAGCCAGGGCACACUCGUGGUAUGUCCCAAAACGCUCUAUCCUUUCUCCUAAUGGGAUGCAGAACAAUUCGCCUAAUGGGUCGCAGAACGGGUCGCAGAAGCCAGGCUCAGAUCAGAUCGGGCGGUUUCGCGUGGACUGGGACAACAUUGGGAAAGAGAAAAUUGACACCACUAGACAACACCAUGGAAGGAGGAUGACGGUGUUGAAGGAGACGGCCAUGGCAGACCUGGCGCAAUUCAAGCAGAAAACGCCCAAGGAGGGCACGCGGAAAAUGGAGUCAAGCGAUGGGGAAGCCAAGCAGAGGAGGGAGAAUUGGGACGAGGGGCACAAGAAAGGCAAAAAGGUGGAGGACAAGGUAGAAGGCGAGGUGAAGAAGGAAGCGAAGGGCCGAGAGAAGGAACACGGUGGAAAGGGAAAAGAGGAGAUGAAGGCCAAUGAGGAGGUAAAAGAGGAGAGAGGAAAGAAAGGCGUACAGGAGAAUCAGGGCGGAGGAUCUGCUGCAAAGGAGGAGAUUCAGCAUGCAUCGAGUACUAGUCAGCAGGAUGAAGGGCAACUUGUCAUACAUCAUGUAGAGGGAACCACCUCAACGCACCAACAAGCGGGACGAGAUGAUAAUCGCGACAGCAUAGUGGCCUUAGAAGACCCGCAGGUUUUGCUGCCAAACAAGGCAGUGCAAGGAGGAGGAGGAUGAGUAGGAGAUGUCAUAAAAAAAGACACGCGCAAGUUGUCGUUUCGGCUUCAGCACUCUGGUCCUUCUGGCACUGGUGACACGCCUGGUCAAGCAGCAGUCUGAAACAAAGAAGCGGAGGGUGGCGACACACACCUGCUCACACACACACACAUACAACACAUAUGCACAAGCACACACACACACACAGACGCACGCCCACACCCAACCACACAUGCACACACGCACGCUCAUACAGGCCCCUAUGAAGGGCUCACCUUUCUUUUGCAGUGGACAUUUGUGCUCGAGCUUUGUGCUCUGGGAAGCGAGCACUUGCCACUCAUCCGAGUGGGAAACCUUGCGCUUGACAAAGAUCCAGCAUUUGUGGCCUUUCCUUUCCAUCUGUAGCUUAGGGAUUUGGGAUAAAUGUAACAAACAGCACACACAUGCGCCGCGCACACACACGUACAGAGACCAACACAUGCCACACAUGCAUGGACGCCCACACCCACAUAAUACACAGUCAAACUCCUGGGAGUCAUUCUUAUGCAGCGUCACACGUGCUGUUUGUGUGUCAAUUGUUAGAAUGACAGAAUCGGACAGGGAGAUUCUUGCACACAUGUCGGAGGGAACGUGCACCGAGAGUGCGAUAUUGGACACCACCACGUCUCCAUACAGAUCCUUUAGUUAGAGCUCAGAAGAGAAGAUUGACAGUUGCUCGUCUUUGGGUUGUGUUUGCAGCAGCACUCGUUCGCAUUGGUCGUAUAUCUACAUAUAUGUCAUAGGAGGUCCCUUCUUGUUUGUUUGUUGCUCCGUUUUUCUAUUCAGGUUCUGUUGACCAUGCUUUGCAGGCUUCGGCUGGGGUUUUGUGUCCCUGCCUUUCCUUUAGUUUGACAAGGGACAAGUUUCUUCACUAGAGUGGAUUAUACCCGAAGUUAUUGUACUUAAGAUUUGCACUCUUAUCCCUUCUGUUCCUCGACAAUGACUCUACUACCUUGUGUGUAUCAUCCCUCAGGAGCCUCAACAAAAUCACGAGACUCAG